UAUUUGUGCUAAAGAUAGGAAAUGGCUGAGCCUGAUUGCAUUGGCAGUAGCUGCGCCUCUCCACCUUCUCCGCUCUUUCCCUCAUUUUCAUUCUUCCAAAUUGAGUUCUACAUCUUUCCUCCUCUUCUUCUCCUAGUGCUUCUUAUUCCUCUCGCGUUAGAUUUCGUCGGAUUGAUGUGGCCGGCGUGGGGAAAACUGCACCUCCCUCGAGGCGGCGGAGGCGGCGGCGGCGGCCGCGCUAUCACGUCCCCCUCGCCGCCCCCGCGAUCUUCAUUUCUCAUCCGCUCCUCCUCCCUCAAGGACAUUCUCUCCCUCCUCGACGAUUGUGAGGCCUUCGACCGCAGUAACCCCUCCACCGCCCCCUCCCGCGCUUCCUCUCCUCCUCCUCCGCCGUCGCCGCUCGUGCACCACUCCCGGCCGGCCUCCGCCGCUCUCCUCCGCCCCUGGUGCUCCUCGCAGGAGAAAGAUCCCUUCGGCCUCCCGCCCGGAGAGGAGAAGCGCGUCAUCCUCUACUUCUCCUCCUUUCGCGUCGUCCGCCGCACCUUCGAGGACUGCGCCGCCGUCCGCGCCAUCCUCCGCGGCCUCCGCGUCGCCGUCGACGAGCGCGACGUCUCCAUGGACGCCGGGUUCCUGCGCGAGCUGAGGGGCGUCCUUGGAGGCCGCCCGCAACCCGUAGGCGUCCCCCAGGUGUUCAUCGGCGGUCGCCACAUCGGAGGCGCGGAGGAUCUCCGGCGGCUCCUCGAGGCAGGGGAGCUAAGGCGGUACGUGGAGGGUGUGGCGCCGGCGGCGACGGAGAUCUGCGACUGGUGCGGUGACCUCCGCUUCUUGGUGUGCCGGAGGUGCAGCGGGUCGCGGCGGUGCUACUCCGAGAAGGGCAACGCCGGCGGGGCGUUCCGAGCCUGCACCGCCUGCAACGAGAACGGGCUCAUCCGGUGCCCCCGAUGCUGCGCCUCGACAGUCGUCUGAUCGUGAUCGGACCGUCAGUGAUAGAUGUCUCUGUACGCUCUCGUAAGCAAGUACUAAUUGCA